GGCCUACGGCUGCGGGAUGAGUUGAACCGAUGGAAGAAUUUAAGGUUACAGCAACGCGAAUUUUACAGGUACCGACUGCAUACCAGGACGACUGAACCCAUGACUUUGUUCCUCUCGCAACGCCUAUUUCAGCAGUAUUUGGUAGAUGCUUGGGCUGUUUGUGAUCAGAAUAAGUUGAAUUGGCUUCGACUGAAUCAGGCAAAUAUUCGGGCUGAUCUGUAUAAUGGGUUGGCGGAUAAUAUUCGGCAAGAGGACUUCAACCCGGAGCAAACCGGGAAGCGUAUCAUUCUACCACGAAGCUAUACAGGAGGCGACCGAUACAUGCUGCAGUUGUUCCAGGAUUCCAUGGCUAUAGUCCGUCAUUUUGGGUGUCCCUCACUAUUUGCUACCUUUACCGCGAAUCCAAAGUGGGAAGAGAUUACUGCGGAGUUACUACCGGGGCAAACUGCUAUUGAUAGGCCAGAUUUAGUUGCAAGGGUGUUCCAUCUCAAGCAACAACAACUCCUCCAGGAAAUAAAGCGCAAACAUAUCUUUGGGCGCUAUCUUGGGUCUAUUCUUGCCGACUCCAACAGAACGCUUAACGACUUUGGAUUGCCCCUCUAUACAGUGGAUUGGAACCGAACAGGUGGGAACGAGAUGAUUGCAUCAGAGCUACGAUAUGAUGUGGUUGUGGAAGCGACAAGUCUACAGUUGAGGAUCUCACAACUCAAUUCAGAUCAGUUGGAAUGCUUUAAUACUAUUACAAACAGUAUUGAAGAAGCUGCGUCAGCCCUAUUCUUCAUUCAAGGACCCACAGGUACUGGAAAAACGUUCCUAUACAACGUCAUCUGUAACCAUUUCCGCUCCCAGGGUAAGAUUGUGCUUUGUGUUGCCUCUUCUGGCAUUGCGGCACAGUUGCUCCCUGGAGGCAGAACAUCUCAUUCCAGAUUCAAAAUUCCGAUUGCUAUCCAUGAGGGCUCAACAUGUAACAUCAAACGGGGCAGCCUGUUGGCCGGUUUAAUUCAAAAGACCGCGCUAAUCACCUGGGAUGAGGUACCUAUGCAGAAUAAGUAUUGCUUUGAAGCGGUUAGCCGGACCCUGAAUGAUAUAUGUAGUGUGGGUGAUGAUUGCCUGUUUGGAAAUAUUCCGGUCGUACUCGGAGGGGAUUUUGCACAGAUUUUACCAGUUGUGCAACGCAGUAAUAGGGCUCAGAUAGUGCAGGCAUGCCUACAACGGUCUUCUUUAUGGCAGCACUUCAAGAUAUUAAGACUCAAGAUCAACAUGAGGGUCCGCAAUGGCGUUGAGAAUGAGGCGUUUGCAGCUUAG